CCUCUUUUGCUUGUGGUACAGGGUUGGAUAUCGUGAAGGACUUCAAGGUCCUCGGCGCAUUUGGUGGAAAGUGGCGAGCGCAAUGCCGCUGCCGCCGUCUUCUUCUUCUCGUCCGCGGUCGGCACUCGACGAGGCCGUCUUCCGCCUCUCGCGCUCGUCGUCGUCGUCGCCCUCUGCAGAACUAGACGAUGAAGCGUCGAUGGACCGCUACGUGGCCGAACUGCUCCUCCAGGAGGCUCGCGAGCCUUCUUCAUCCACGUCGAGCUCGCCAGCCAGGAGGAAGCCGAGCAACACACGAUUCCUCCAGUCGAUGCUGCAGAGUGUGCACGGCCACAAUGAGCGCUUGGCUAGGGCGUCGCCGCAGGCAAUGCCCUCGCAGGGCUCGCCAUCCAGGCAGGGCGAGAGGAGGCGUCGCAGUCGGGAGCGCGAGGAGAGCGCAGGCAAGAUGAGGGCGUGGAGCGACGGCGAUGAAGACGAAGAAGGGGAGACGGAGAGACGAUCAGGGGAGGACAGCCGCCGAAGCGUUAGGAGGGAGAAGCAGGACGGAUACGGGGACGAGAAAGAGCCACGGCGGGGAGAGAGAAGUCGAAGCGAAGAGCGAAGGCGGGCAAAUAGGAAGCAUGACGAUGAGAAGAGAUCGAGGAGGCAUGGGGAAGAGAGGGAGAACCGCGACGACCGACGAGAUCGAAGAAGGAGCGCUUCUUCUUCACCACGGCGACGAAGAAGCCGCAGCAGAAGCAGCAGCCCGCCGCGAGCCAAGAAUCGGCGGGAACGAAGGCGUCUAGAGAGGGAGGCAAGGCAGGAGCCAGACUCCAAGAUGGACAAGUACUUUGCCUCGACCUACGACCCGCAGCUCGACGUCUCGAGCGAGGUAAGGACCGACGAAUUGGGCCUCGUCGAAGACGAUGGGUGGUCGCGCAUGCUGGAGGUCAUGCAGGAGCGACGGGAGAGAAAGGAGGAGCGCAAGGCAGAAAAGGCCAGGCGCAAGCUGGAGAAGAAGGAGCCGCGGCAGCAGCAGGACCAGCCACGAGCAGGGAGCAAGACAGUGAUGGAGACACAGUACGCAAGGCAGGGCAGCACUAGGGAAUGGGACUUGGGCAAGGAACAGCAGGAUUGAAUGCUAUGUGCUCUAGUGAUGGC